AUGGGACGGAUUUUGGGGUUUUGUGUGGGGAAGGGCGACGGAUGGGUACAGUUUACACCAAAGGGCGCGUCAUCAUGCGACAUGUCUCGUUGUGCACCUAAGGAGAGAAUCGAUCCGAUGAAGGACACUGAUACCGUCAAGCUGACACUUUGA